AUGCCAUCCGCGGUGCUGACGGUGGACUCGGAGGACGUCAUUGAGAAACUGAGGAAGGCUUGGAUCGGCCAGCGUCAGCGAAGAAGAGAAGACGCUCAAAAGAGGCUAGGUUUACUGGCACGUCGUGAAGGUCGGCAUAUUAUGGUGCAGCCGUUCCCAAAUGAGAUCUGGUUGGACAUCUUCAAAGGCCUGGCCAAGGAAGGCGAGUACGACGCGUUGGAACGAUGCAGAGAGGCGUGCAGAGAGUUCGAGACGAUGGCACGGGAGUGCCUCAGAAGUAUCAUGUUAUUCAAGAAUAUAGAGGAGGUGGAGCGCAUCAAGGUGGAUGCUUCCGGUGGUAGGUUACGACGCUGGGGUGGGCCACAGAUGGUGUCUAUCAUAGGCGGGGACAGGAAAGACGGGCGUCGACCGAUUCCACAUCUGGCGACAUUCGCGUCGAAACUCGCAGGGAGAUGGCUCCGCAUACAAACCCUGUCGAUCACCGACGCGGUGUGGCGGACGCGGGAUCUCGAUCUGGACGCCGUCUUGCGCGAUCUGGCCGCCUCUACGAUCAUCGACCUCCACCUCGUCGACGUCACCUUGCCGUCGAUUUUGACGCUUGGCCGCCUCGUCUGUGCCCUCCCACACCUCGAAGCGCUAUAUCUCAAGGACGUGCAAUUCACUCAGAAUCCCUUUGACGCAGGCACUCUCUCUCGAUUCCAACUUCUGCCACACCCGCAGCUGAAGAGACUUGCCUUGACCCAUCAGUACAGCGGCACAGAAUUGAGACCCUCCUUCGUUGAAUGGAUCGACCUCAUGAUUGCCCUCAGUUUUAGGAGACGCGCGGUCGCUCCAAACCUUGCGCAGAGGUCUCCAUGGACUGCCGUUCGACAAUUGACACUUGCCAAUGCCACGUUUCCCUCGGUCACGACAUUUGCUCGCUUCCUGUGCGCUCUCCCUGCACUCGACAGCCUGCACUUAUGCAGAUCAUGCGCGUUCGUGAAACACGGCUUUGACCUCAGAAGCGUGCCUGUACCCCCUGGGAUACCAUUACAAUUAGCAGUUGUUCAACUGACAGAUGGCUUCUGCAUAGACUCCGAGCCUUGUUCUGUGACUGACCUGGUUGAUUUCUUCGUCGCCACCGGUCUCGGCAAAAGUCUUCGGCGCAUCAAGGCAUGCCUGUCGCCCAUUCUCCGGGUAGCGAACGAAGUCGACGUCACCCUCAACAGACUCGUCAAACAUUCAGCACAAUCGCUCCGCCACCUUUCACUCGACUCGACCCUAUCCUAUUGGAUAUCAAAUGACACGUAUGAAUGGGUACAUUCCGACCACAGUGCGGCCCCGUACUUCGACGUUUCUGAGAACACGUGUCUCGAACGCCUCGAUCUCACAGUUCAAGUCACUCAUCAAGAAAUGACACAUUCGUGUGUACCGAUGGUCGAGAUCCUAUCACAGGUCACAUCCACGCAUAUAUCCAUAAUUCAAGUGCAUUUCACCUCUUAUUGCCAGCCCGGCGAGCUUGGUGUAGAGCUUGACGUAGACCUGGAAAAGCUGAUGGAGGGGUUUCCCCAGCUCGAUGCUGUUCUCUCCGCGCCGAUCUUCGAUGGCCUCACUCACGUUGUGGUAGACGUGACAACACUUGACAGCUCGGAUGUGCGGGAUAGGGAUUCAGCGCAUGAGCUCAGAUUGUGCUUGCCCGUACUUGACGCACGCGGUAUUCUGGGGUUAUCCAGGAUUGGAUUGUACUUGGACGAGGAGAUUGGUGAAUGGAAGCGUCUCGGGAUCGAUAAUGCUACUACCGGUGCAACCCUGCAUGAAGCUGAAGCAGAUGCGUAUACCGACACUCAGAGACCUUCGUCGAAUCUAGUGUAUACACAAGUACCUGCCGCAUCGGCGUGCGGCGACGGAAUUGCAUUUCCCGAUGCAGCGGCCGGUUCGGGAACGUCCAUGGUCGUAUUCGCACCGGACGACCAUAUGCCGUACGUGAUGCUAAUGCCCUCUGUGGACGUGUUCGGCUUGUACGUGGAAGAGGCGGACGUGCUGAAGCUGGGCGUGUCAGGUGGACAUCCGGAGCAGUCGAUAGACGAGAACCAGAGGUCGGAGGAACUGGUGUCGAGGAUGAGUAGGAAGUCUUGCGGAGGGCGGUUGAGUGACGUAUGUCGGGCAUGGUUUGACCGUCGAGCGAGAGGGAUGUGGACUGGGUCCGCCGCUACAAGGGCGGCCAGGGAUAGCAAGAGGGAGAAAAGAGAAGUGGGGAACAUCGCUAGCAGGCGGUGCCUGCGCGUCAAAUUCCUGUCGGCAUAUAAGCUGAAUGACCCGUAG